GGUGUUUUCACCUUUUCAAUUGGAAGCGAUCUGCCAAUACAAAUUUCAAGAAGAAGAAGAAGAAGAAGAAGACGGACCAGGAGGGGAUUGUGAGACGAAAAACCCGGCGGGGAGAAACGGUGUGACAUCAUUGGCAGCCUCAUCUUGGAUCUAGCAUGGCCUUCAGCAAAGGAUAUCGCAUCUACCACAAGUUGGACCCGCCCCCGUACAGCGUCAUCGUGGAAACCAGGAACAGAGAUGAAUGCCUCAUGUUCGAGUCGGGCGCCGUCGCCGUGCUAUCGGCUGCAGAGAAGGAGGCCAUUAAGAACACCUACACCAAGAUGAUGGACGCCUAUGGGAUUCUGGGAGUCCUACGCCUCAACCUGGGUGAUUCCAUGCUCCACAGCUUGGUAGUAGCAGCAGGCUGUAGCUCCGUAGGGAAGGUGCAGGACUCUGAGGUGUUCCGGGUCACGUCUACAGAGUUUGUUUCUCUGAAGAACGACCCGAGUGACGAGGACCGCAUCACUGACGUCAGGAAAGUCCUGAACUCUGGGAAUUUUUAUUUUGCUUGGUCCUCUAGCGGCAUCAGCAUGGACCUCAGCCUCAACGCUCACCGCCGGAUCAAAGAGGACAGUAUACAAAACAGCUUUUUCUGGAACCAGUCCCUUCACCUUCACCUAAAGCACUACGGUGUGAACUGUGAUGACUGGUUGUUGAGGUUGAUGUGCGGCGGGGUGGAGAUCAGGACGAUCUACGCAGGUCACAAACAGGCCAAGGCCUGCGUCAUCUCCCGCCUCAGCUCAGAGAGGGCCGGGACGCGCUUCAACGUCCGAGGGGCCAACGAUGACGGACAGGUGGCCAACUUCGUAGAGACUGAACAGGUGAUUUUCCUGGAUGACCAGGUGUCUUCCUUCAUCCAGAUCCGUGGUUCCAUUCCUCUGUUCUGGGAGCAACCAGGAAUACAGGUGGGCUCUCAUCGUGUCAAGCUCUCCAGAGGAUACGAGGCCAACGCACCGGCUUUUGAGAGACACUUCAGUGCUCUGAGGAGGCUGUAUGGGAAACAGGUGAUCAUCAACCUGCUAGGCAUGAAGGAGGGAGAACACAUGCUCAGCAAAGCAUUCCAGAGUCACCUGAAGGCGUCCGAACACGCCGGAGCUGUGAAGAUGAUUAACUUCGACUACCAUCAGAUGGUGAAGGGCGGCAAAGCUGACAAACUCCACAGUGUCCUCAAACCUCAGCUCAACACGUUUCUGGAUGCCUGUAGCUUCUUCUGCUACUCUGGAGAGAAGGGGGUUACCAAGUCUCAGAGUGGUACCCUCAGGACCAACUGUCUAGACUGUCUAGACAGAACCAACAGUGUCCAGGCCUACUUCGCUUUGGAGAUGUUACCUAAACAGCUAGAGGACAUGGGUCUGACAGAGAAGCCCCAGCUGGUAGCCAGGUUUCAGGAAGUGUUCAGGUCCAUGUGGACGGUUAACGGAGACUCUGUCAGCAAGAUCUACGCUGGGACUGGAGCCCUGGAUGGAAAGGCUAAGGGGGGUAAGUUGAAGGACGGUGCUCGCUCUGUGACCAGAACCAUCCAGAAUAACUUCUUUGACAGUUCAAAGCAGGAGGCCAUUGACAUCCUCCGACUGGGCUCAACACUGAACAGUGACCUGGCAGACAAGGCCCGGGCCCUGCUCACCACGUCUAGUCUUUACGUCACUGAGCCUAUCUUACAAUCAGCCUCUCCCAGAGUUCUACUGGGAAUGUGUCAGAACCACCAGAAAUACACCCGUCCCAAACAGAUCAGGGUGUCAGUGGGUACGUGGAACGUCAACGGUGGAAAACAGUUCCGCAGCAUCGCCUUCCGCAACCAGACCCUCAACGAUUGGCUGCUGGACGCUCCGAUGAAGGCCGGGCUCCCAGACUUCCAGGACAGUAGAGCCAACCCACCAGAUAUCUUUGCCAUCGGCUUUGAGGAGAUGGUGGAGUUGAAUGCUGGCAACAUCGUCAGUGCCAGUACGACCAAUCAGAAGCUGUGGGCUGCAGAGCUGCAGAAGAACAUAUCCCGCGAUCAUAAAUACGUCCUACUGGCAUCAGAGCAGCUAGUGGGAGUCUGUCUGUUUGUCUUCAUACGCCCUCACCACGCCCCCUACAUCAGGGACGUUGCCGUGGAUACCGUGAAGACUGGGAUGGGCGGAGCCACAGGUAACAAAGGGGGAGUGGCCAUCCGCAUGCUGUUCCAUACGACCAGUAUCUGUUUCGUCUGCUCCCACUUCGCUGCCGGCCAAUCACAGGUCAAGGAGAGGAACGACGACUACAACGAGAUCACACGCAAACUCACCUUCCCCAUGGGUAGACUGCUCUACUCCCACGACUACAUCUUCUGGUGCGGGGACUUUAACUACCGCAUCAGUCAGCCCAACGAGGAAGUGAAGGAGUUGAUCAGACAACAGAACUGGGAAGCCCUGACCGCCGGAGACCAACUGGUGGACCAGAAGAACCAGGGACUGGUGUUCCGGGGGUUCAUCGAGGGAAAUUUGGACUUUGCUCCCACCUAUAAGUACGACCUGUUCUCUGACGACUACGACACCAGUGAGAAGUGUCGUACCCCCGCCUGGACCGACCGCUGCCUAUGGAAGAGGAGGAAGUGGAACUUCGACAAGACUGCGGAGGAGAUGAAUAUGGUCGGCCCAGUGGGAGAAGCAGAGGAACAGCAGCAGUACCCCUGGAGCCCCGGGGAGCUGAAAUACUACGGGAGGGCUGAGCUCAAGACCUCUGAUCACAGGCCUGUGAUGGCUGUGAUGGAUAUAGAUGUCCUGGAGGUGGAUCCAGAUGCCCGUCACCAGGUGUAUAAGGAGGUGAUCGCCCUGCAGGGUCCUCCCGACGGAACCAUCCUGGUCUCCCUCUGUUCCUCCGGACCUGUUGAUUACUUUGACGACGCGCUCAUCGACGAGCUGCUGGACAAGUUCACUGUGUUUGGAGAGGUCAUCCUCAUCAGGUUUGUAGAGGAGAAGAUGUGGGUGACGUUUCUGGAGGGUUAUUCUGCUCUGGCUGCCCUGUCUCUGAGCGCCUCCACGGUUCUGGGUAAGGUAAUAGACAUCCGUCUGAAGAGUUCAGGUUGGAUUAAGAGUCUGGAGGAGGAGAUGAGUGUAGAGAGGAUCUGUGGAUCUGUCCCUACUUCCGCCAGCUCCUCUCUGCUGGCCGAGGACACUGAUAUGGGAGAGGAUGACUACGAUAUGGAGGGCGAUGUGGAUGAGGAGGUGGAGGAUAUUCUCCCCCAACACCUUCAGCCUGGUGCAGGCCCCGGGCCCUUCUCCUCCCCCUCCCCCUCCCCACGGGGAAGCCCCUCUCACUCCCCCACCCACGGAGAACCAGCUGCCCCCAGCAGACCCAGCCGAUCUGCCCCACGCUCUGCUGGACCACCGCAAGGGACUCCAGUGGACUUCCAGCCUGGUGCUCCUCAGGCCCUGGAGCCUAAACGCCCCCCUCCUCCUCGCCCCAACGCCCCGCCAGCCCGACCUGCUCCUCCUCAACGCCCUCCUCCUCCAUCAGGAGGCCUAAGCCCCAUGCCCGGGAGAAGAGACAUGGGAGACUUUGGAGAAUAUUCUGGAGAAAAUACACUAAGCCCUGCUCUGGCUAGGAGAGGCAGCGAAGGACAAAAAAGCCCUGCGCUCGCUAGACCUGCCUCAGCGAUGGCCAGAAGGGGCAGUGAAGGUCGUGUCCAAUCAGGUCCUGGAGGCCUGCCCAGACCGAACAUGCCUCAGAGGGCUGGGGUGAUCAGUGUGACCCCCCAGGCGCGUCCUGCCCACCCAGGUGCUCCCAGACCCACCCCAGAGGCACCGGGGGCUCCACGGCCCACCCCAGACACUCACCCUGGAGCACCCAGACCUGGCCCUGACGCCCAGCCUAAACCCACCGACCUGCCCCUGGGCCCCCCUCCUUCCGGACCCCCUCCAGUGAGACAUGUCCCCUCCCCGAUGCAGCCAACAAUGCAGCCCCAGUCUGCCUCUCCAGCCCAGCCUCCCAUGCAGGCUCCCAUGCAGGCUCCCAUGCAGGCCCAGUCUGCCCCUCCAGCCCAGCCACCCAUGCAGGCUCCCAUGCAGGCCCAGUCUGCCUCUCCAGCCCAGCCUCCCAUGCAGGCUCCCAUGCAACCAACCAUGCAACCAACCAUGGCUGCCCCAAUGCAGCCACCCAUGCAGGCUCCCAUGCAGCCCCAGUCUGCCCCUCCAGCCCAGCCACCCAUGCAGGCUCCCAUGCAGCCCCAAAUGGCUGCUCCAAUGCUGCCCACACAGGCCGGAGCAGGGCUAGGGGCUACCGGGGCUGUGGCCCCCCAGGGGCUGUCCUCCCCCAAGCCCCCUCCCCGCUCCCGUUCCUCUCAUGUCCUGCCCCCUGAGACCACCACUACAGAGAAUGCCCCUGCAACCCAGGGUUCCCGGAUGUCUCGCGAUACUGCGUUUACACAAACGCUUGAACUGCGCGACACCUCUGGUACGCUGCUAUUUUGUGUCCUUCCUGACGCUACCUUUUCCACAGCGAGAAUGGUGCAGCUGCACGUGAAACGUGGUGACGAAAGCCAGUUCCUGUUCAGCACGUCAGUCGACGUCCCGUUGGAAACCCUGACCCAGCAGGUCACAGCCAUCUAUAACACCAGGCUCAAAGUAGACAGGAUAUGCUCAGAGUUCCCAGAGCUGGUGGACCACGGAGUGACUCUGCCCCCCAACAUGCAGGGUCUGACGGAUGAACAGGUUGUUGACCUGAAGCUGAAAGACGAGUGGGAGGAGAGGUGUGUCCCCAGCGGAGGACCUGAAUUCAACAAGGAUGAGAUCGGAAGGAGGAACGGACACGCUCCGAACCAGAAGAUGAAGGAGGUGCUGAGGAACACUAUGGAGGAGGCCAAGGCAGUCAUCUCUAAGAAACAGGCGGUGGCUGGUGUGUGUGUUACCAUGGAGAUGGUGAAGGAGGCGCUGGACCAGCUGAGGGGCGCGGUGAUGAUUGUCUACCCCAUGGGCUUGCCGCCACACGACCCAAUCAGGAUGGAGCUGGAGGACCAGGAGGACCUGUCAGGAACACAGGCAUCUCUCCAGGUGAUUCCAGUGGAGGAGGCUCAGCUGUGGUGGGCUGCUAAGGAGUUGCAUAGAGGGAAGAAACUACAGGAUUACAUCGGCAAGAACGACAAAACCAAGAUCGUAGUCAAAAUACAGAAGAGGGGCCAGGGGGCGCCAGCCAGGGAACCUGUGGUCACAGAGGAACAACAGAAACAGAUGAUGAUGCACCACUACAAGAGACAACAGGAACUCAAGAUGCUGGACGAGGUGGAAGACGACAGUCACCUCCACUCAGACUGGUCAGACAGACAGGCCUUAAAGAGACAGUUCCAGGGCCUCAGCAACAUCAAGUGGGGUCCCAGAUAGACACACGUCUUUAUUUUUAUUUAUUUUUCAUACAAAUUGUAAGCGUAAGUUUACAAAAAAAUUAAAGUUGGUUCUGCAAUGUUGAAAAUAAAGUGUGUUGACAAAAAAAAGUGUUUUAAAUAUCUAUUUAGCCGUAACUAUAUACACACGCCAACACACAGAGGGAGACAGAACCCACACACUCACUAUUGAUGCCGUAACCCAUUGGACUGUUGUUCUACAGAAACAUUGUUCUCUCCAACCUCUGUUGCUCCACCUGGAAUCUGUUCACUG